AUGGCCAUUACCGAGAUUGCCAUUCUAAAGCUGCGGCCGGCAGCCUUGAUGACCACCGGCAAGCCCAACGAGGCGACCAUAGCAUUUCUUCGCACCGCCAAAGAGAGCAUGGAAGCCUACACGGGGUAUCCGUUCUACAUCUUUACCCAGCUCGAGGAUCCGGCAUGUGUCUAUAUCGUCGGCAACUGGGAGAGCCUGACGCAGCACUACGACGACUGGAUACCAUCUGAUGCGAACCAGGGCCUGCUGGAGAGCGGCAAGGAUCUAUUUGACAUUGCGGGCCUGGCACACCUUGAUAUCGACCAGCAGGAAUCGGGGCUUCCGUCAGGUGCACCAGUGGUAACACUGGAAUGGUUUCAUAUGCUUCCUGCCCAGAAGGAGGAGUUUACCAGGGCCUGGGAAGAGAGGGUUUCCCCUUAUCUGAAAGAAGUCACAGCUCCAUACCUGGUUCGAAGCGGCUGGCGUAUUGAUGGAGAGCGAAAGAUCGAAGGCAAGGAAGCAGUCAUUAUUGCAGACGGAGAGCCGGAGUUAGAGGAGUUUGUCUCAUUCACAGGCUGGCGGGAUGUCGGCGACAACGACUCGUAUAAAGAGCUAGAAGGAUUCAGCCGAUUCCAGCAGGUUCUUGGCCUCGCAACCAAGGUUGAAUCCAAGCGGCUUGCAAAGCUAGAUCUCUAA